CCUCGUUGGUCGAGUUACGAAACCUUGGUGCCCUACAGAUGCAUGGUAAUAAUUUAUCUGGUGAGUUGCCUUAUAGUUUGAGACAUUGCCAAGCAUUGAGAAUCAUUGAUGUUGAAGGGAACAAGUUAACAGGAGAGAUCCCCACUUGGAUUGGCCAGUUGCAUAGCAUGCUAAUUCUAAAUCUUCGCGGAAAUAAAUUGCAUGGCAGUAUUCCUUCCCAGAUAUGCAAUCUUACAAAUAUUCAAAUUCUGGAUUUGUCGAUUAAUAACUUUUCUUCAAUAAUACCUGAUUGCUUCAACAAUUUUACUGUCUUGUCUAGAAAGUAUAUCCAAAAUCUAGAAUUUGAUGAAAUUCUUUUUGUUUCGCUAGACCUUAUGAAUGGAAAUAAGCACAAUGGAUAUUCAUCAUUUCAAUGGAAAGGCAAGGAAUCGGAUUAUUGGAAUAAUGUCAAAUGGCUCAAACUCAUUGAUUUUUCUAGCAAUAGAUUGACCGGAAACAUUCCCAAAUCGUUUUCCACUUUGAGGGGAUUAAUAUCCUUGAAUCUAUCAAGAAAUAGUUUGACAGGAUAUAUAAUUCCAGAUAUUGGUAAUAUGGAGGUGCUAGAUGCUCUUGAUUUAUCUCACAACCAACUCUCUGGCAAAAUACCUACAAGUUUAGCAAAGAUAAACACUCUUGGUUUUCUUGAUUUGUCGAACAACGAUUUGUCCGGAAAAAUUCCAACGGGCACUCAACUUCAGAGCUUCAAUGCAUCGGCUUAUGAUGAUAAUGAUGGACUAUGUGGCGACCCUCUACCAAAGUGCCCCGGAGAUAUCUUGAGGCCAUCCACCACUAAUUCGAAGGGAAACAUGAAUGAGAAAGACAGCGUCUUCUCAUUUAUGCAAGAAGUUGGGAUAUCAAUGGGCUUUGGUUUUAUCUUUGGAUUUUGGGGAGUUAUUGGUACAUUCAUAUGGAAGAAAUCAUGGAGAAUUGCAUUCUUCAACUUGUUGGAUGUUGUUGGAGAUUGGUUCUAUGUCAGGAUUGUUGUGUUUGUAUCCAAAUGGAGAAGAAAUUGAAAUGCAAUACAGCGGUGACACUGCUCGCUUUAGAGAUGAAACAAGGUGAACAAACUCGGAGCUGGUGAUCUUAUUUCUAAGUUAUUGUAAUUUUAAUUUUUUAGUGUUUUUACUUUCCUUUGUAAACUCUAUGUUGGUAUGUAUUUGUUUUUUUCUAGACAUGGAUGUUUGUGUUUUUGUA